AUGUCUGAAGUCGCACCCGAAGCUGCACCAUCAGCUGGUAUUCCCAUUCCCGUCGAUGCCGCUGCGCCACCACCCCAGGAAGAACUAGAUAAUGCUACUGAAACCUUGUACAUUCAGAAUUUGAACGAGAAGAUCAAGAUCAGCGUCCUCAAAGCGUCUUUGCGUGGUCUGUUCAAGUCGUAUGGAGAAGUUCUAGACGUGGUCGCGCAUGAUAAUCUGCGCAUGCGAGGACAGGCUUUCGUCUCCUUUACGUCGCCUGAAAUCGCAAAGAAGGCGCUGAAAGAAGUCAGGGGUUUCCCGUUAUAUUCAAAGCCUAUGCAAAUCUCGUUUGCGAAGACACGAUCGGACGCCGUAGUGCGCCGACUCGAUGCUGCUAACUACGAGCACCACAAGAAGGUCAGAGACGAACAUAAGAAGGAGACGCGGUACAACAACCCAUUGAAGCGAAAGUUCCGCGAGAAGCGCAUGGCCUCCGAUAUGGACGGGUCGGGCGCUGCGCCUGCGCCAAAGCGGCCAAACGUCCAGAUGCCCGACGAAUACCUCCCUCCCAACAAAAUUCUCUUCUUGCAAAACCUCCCCGAGAGCGUCAGCAAAGAUCAGCUCAUGGCCCUUUUCUCUCAAUAUCCCAACCUUCACGAAGUCCGUCUCAUUCCGACAAAGAAGGACAUUGCGUUCGUGGAGUACAUGGACGAAGGAAGCGCCACUGUGGCGAAGGAUGCGUUGCACAACUACAAGUUGGACGGCGAAAACAAAAUCAAGAUUACUUUUGCGAGGAAGUAAAGCAUGCUGUCUGGUGUUUUCGUUAUAUUGGCAGUUCCGGUGUACGUUUUAUAUCACGCUGUAUUGUAGUUUUAAUCCUUCUUCCCUGCUCCAAAGUCUUUCAACGUCGGCCGUGGACAUUGCACCCUUCGUUCAGCGUAGUUCAAAUUCGAUAAACGUUCACUGGUAAACAUGCAACGAGAGUGUGGAUCAAACGGAAGACUUCACAUAAUCAAUGGCUGAUGGGAGAAUGAUCAGCACUGCGGCCAUGGAGGAAGCAGCUGCGCCCCCAGCGAGCCAUACCAAUCUGUCAAUUUACAUUUUCGAAUCCUUCAAGGACAGCGCGAACAUUCGUUCCGAUGGUCUUGAUGUCAUAUCCUCUAUUCCGCGUCCGUAAACGUGAGCUAGGACACCGUGACAUUUGUACGCACCCUUCCAUUACGAAUAACACAGGCUUGUCCAGUUGCCCUA